GCGGCCAACAGUUGCCCAUCUCUAGGAACACGUCAGUUUUUAGUUUAUAAUAUUUAUAAGCGAAAAGUUCAGUGCCCAGCGGCGCGAAUCCAAGUUAGCAGUGGCGGCGACGUCCACAAGGACUACCAGCAAGAUCCUUAUCAGUCAGAAAACUUACCAAACCCAACUGACCAAUUCAGAAAAGGCCGAAUAAAAAACGCAGACGGCGCUGCAAGUUGACCAAAAACGGAGUCAAAUCCAUAAUAGCCAAGCCGGAAGAGGGGGCGGGGUGCUCCCGUAGAGAUUAGCAGCUGCCACGCCAAGCAGAUCUGACGUGCGUGUCGAUAGAGAUUCGACUCCAAAUCACGCCCACAUUCGGGUCUUGUGCGGCCAUCCAAGUACACGUAGCCCAUAAACAUGGCCUUGCCAUUGAGCGACCUACUCAUGUUCGGCGGCGGCGAGAAGAAACUGGCCGCCUGCCUGCUGAUCCUCCUCAUGGAGCUCUUCUUGGAAGGCGCCGAGUCGUCGGCCAGUCCGGCGGACAUUGAGAACCAUCUGGAGCUGGGCAAGGAAUUCCUGGCCCGCGGUCAGCUGUCGGAUGCACUGACGCACUACCAUGCGGCUGUUGAGGGUGAUGCCAACAACUACCUGACGCUUUUCAAGCGUGGUACCGUCUACUUGGCGCUGGGCAAGACCCGCUUCGCCGUUCAGGACUUCAGCAGGGUCCUGGAGUUGAAGCCAGACUUCACGGCCGCCCGCAUCCAGCGGGGUGUGGUGCACAUGAAGAGCGGAGAGUAUGAACAAGCGAUCGUGGACUUCGAGCAAGUGCUCCAGGAGGAGCCCAACAACGGUCUGGUGCUGGAGCACUACUCCCGCCUGGCCCCCGCCCAGGAGCAAUGGUCUCUCGUGAAGCAGCUGAUUCUGCAUAGCGACCACCAAAACGCCAUUGGCAUGAUCACACAGUUGCUGGAGAUCUCGCCGUGGGCGGUGCCCUUCCGACAGGCUCGCUCAGAUGCCUACAUUGGUAACGAUCCAUUGUCCGCCAUUGCAGACCUUCGACAGGUAAACCGGCUCACACAGGACAGUACUGAGGGUCACUACAACAUUGCCCAGCUGCUGUACACAAUUGGCCAUGCCACCAAUGCCCUGAAGGAGAUUCGCGAGUGCCUGAAGUUCGAUCCGGAGCACAAGCUCUGCUUCCCCUUCUACAAGAAACUCCGCAAGGGAAAGCAGCUGGUGAACGCAGAGCGCCGCGAGGGGAAACAGUUUGCCGAUUGCAUAUCCGCCGGAGAGGCGGUGCUGCGGCACGAACCGGUGGAGACGAUGAUCCGGUACGAGGGUCACAAGGUGCUCUGCAAUUGCUACACGGGCGACGAACAGUUUGGCAAAGCCUUGCAGCAGUGCAAGGAGGCCCUGGAUAUUAUGAAGGACGCCCAGGUUUACUGUGAUCGGGCUGAGGCGCUGCUGGGCACCGAGAUGUUCGACGAUGCCAUACACUCCUACCAAGCGGCCCUCGACCUGGAGGAGAGCAACACCCGCGCGAAAGAGGGCAUCCAGCGGGCCAAGAAGCUGCAGAAGCAGUCAGAGCGCAGAUACUAUAAGAUAUUAGGCGUUAAGCGCAGCGCCACCAAACAGGAGAUCGUCAAGGCGUACAGGAAGGCGGCGCAAAAGUGGCAUCCGGACAACUUCCGGGACGAGGAGAAGAAGGUGGCCGAGAAGAAGUUCAUCGACAUCGCCGCCGCCAAGGAGGUUCUAACCGAUCCCGAGAAACGCCGGCAGUUUGACAACGGCGAGGAUCCCCUGGAUCCUGAGGCCGCUCAGCGCGGCGGCGGCGGCUUCCACGGCGAACAUCCGUUCGGCCACUUCCAGCACGGGUCGCCGUUCCAGUUCAAGUUCCACUUCAAUUAGUCAGCCAUCGCCGCCAGCAGCCAUUUGCUUUGUGAUGUCCUAGCCGCGAUCCCCCCGAUAUCCUUCGACGAUUUUACACUGUUUGUUUUGUUCAUUUAAAUGGCGUGUAAAUAGUAGCAUAAAGCAUAGAAAUCCCCUGAUCCGUUGUCAGAGAGUACCACACACACAAAUCGCAACAAAACACUGAGCACUUACAUUUAAUUAGUUUAUUUAAUACAAUACAAUAAUUAUAAUGUAGUACAUUUUUCUAAUUAUGUAUAAAAAGAAACCAUAUGCGAAAACAAGCAAUUAAAGACUUGGCAAUUUGAACUGAA